AUCCGGCAGAAUGGGAUGACGGUGAAUCCUGCUGGUGUGCUGUGAAUGUGAAGCAGGACGGACUGGCAGUUUGUGUGCAGGAGGGAAAGCGAAUCAGUCCAGGGCCCCUGGAUUAGCAGAAUAAAGAAAGGAAAGGUUUUCUGAGAUAACUUGCAUCUCCGUGGAGUAUAUCCUUGAGAGAGAGAAGGAGAGAAAGAAAGAAAAGCUGAAAAAGUUAGACAUAUUUCUCCAGCAGGAUUUCAAGGGAGAAAGCCUGCCUGCCUGGACUGUAAGGAGGUACCCAAAGGGACACAGGGACAUCCUCCAGGACUGGUAACAGCACUGCUCAGCCUUGCUCUUGCUGAGGAAGUUUCCGCACAACACUGCAACCAUGAAUUUCCUCCGGCGGCGUCUCUCAGACAGUAGUUUCGUGGCAAACCUGCCCAAUGGCUACAUGAUGGACUUGCAGCGCCCUGACAGCUCCACGAGCUCCCCAGUUUCUCCCGCCAUGGAGAGGAAGCAUCUGCAGCCACCCCAACCCCCGCACUCUUCCUCUACCGGCAGCAGCAUCUUCAGCUCCAUCUCCAGCGCCAUGAAGCAAACCACGCAAGCGGCUGCAGGGCUGAUCGAUCACUCGGCCGGCCCCACGCCCCCCAUGGCACAGAAACCCAAGAUCCUCCUGGUGAUCGAUGACGCGCACACGGACUGGGCCAAAUAUUUCCAGGGGAAGAAGGUGAAUGGAGAAUUUGAUAUCCGAGUGGAACAGGCUGAGUUCUCCGAGUUGAACCUGGCUGCUUACGUCAUGGGUGGCUGCAUGGUGGACAUGCAGGUCAUGAGGAACGGCACCAAGGUGGUCAGGUCCUUCAAGCCAGAUUUCAUCCUGAUCCGGCAGCACGCCUACAGCAUGGCAUUGGGAGAAGACUUCCGCAGCCUCAUCAUCGGCCUCCAGUACGGCGGCAUCCACUCGGUCAACUCCCUCUACUCCAUCUACAACUUCUGCAGCAAGCCCUGGGUGUUCUCUCAGCUCAUUAAAAUCUUCAACUCGCUGGGUCCUGAGAAGUUCCCCCUCGUGGAGCAAACGUUCUUCCCAAGCCAUAAGCAGAUGCUCACAACUCCGAAUUUUCCUGUAGUGGUCAAGCUGGGACAUGCUCAUGCUGGAAUGGGGAAGGUCAAAGUUGAGAACCAGCACGACUUUCGGGACAUGGCCAGCAUAGUAGCCAUGGCAAAAACCUAUGCCACCACCGAGCCAUUCAUUGACUCCAAAUAUGACAUCCGAAUCCAGAAAAUUGGCAGCAACUACAAGGCUUACAUGAGGACUUCCAUCUCUGGAAACUGGAAGGCAAACACAGGCUCUGCGAUGCUAGAACAGAUUGCAAUGACAGAGAGGUACAGACUCUGGGCAGAUGCCUGUGCAGAAAUGUUUGGAGGUCUUGAUAUCUGCGCUGUCAAAGCUGUCCACAGUAAAGAUGGAAAAGACUAUAUCAUUGAGGUGAUGGACAGCUCGAUGCCCCUGAUUGGGGAGCACAUAGAAGAGGACAGACAGCUUAUAGCUGAUCUGGUUGUUUCCAAAAUGACUCAGCUUGUCAUCUCUGCUGGAUCUACACCGUCACCGCUGAGGCCUUGGCCUCCACAAGUUCAGCCUGUGUCAAUGAAAUCUCAGACUGGACCUCCGCUUGGACAACUGUCACAACCACGGCCUCCUCCACAAGGCGGACCACGCCAGCCGCAAGCAUCUCAGCCUCCACGAACAAACGCGCCCCCGCAGCAGCGGCUCUCUCCUCAAGGACAGCAGCCCCAGAGUCCCCAGUCCACUUCCCCUCAGCAGCAAAGGUCACCUGGAUCUCCACAGCAAGUCCGAUCAGCAGCUGGGUCCUCUCCAGUCCAGGCCUCCAAGGCAGGCGCGUUCCCUCCACAGCAGCCCAGGCCUCCUGCCCAAGGCCGGGCUCCCAGCCAGCCGAGCCCCACGGAAAUGUCCAAGCAGCAAACCACCCCACACCCACACCUGAACAAAUCGCAGUCCCUGACAAACAGCUUCAGCAUAUCUGAGUCAUCUCAGCGAGGAAAUGCCACUGAAGAUGAAGCAAAAGCUGAGACCAUCCGCAACCUGAGGAAAUCAUUUGCUAGCCUGUUUUCUGAUUAACAGUCCCUGCAGCUGGAUCUGUGCUUUUGUCAGCCCUCACUCUACAUUAUGUCAUACCUGAUGUCAUCCUGGAAUAUACUCAGUGAACCCAGCGAUUUACAACUAACACCUGGGUAAAGGGAAUUUAGAAAACUAUAGUUGUUUUAAUACAAAGAAAAUAUUCGAAUAACCGUCUGAGAAGUGACUGUAUAAAAGUGUCACUAUUUCAUUGGGUUUUGUGCAUAAUCAGAAUCACAUCUGUUCAAAUGACUGAGUUGUAAAGCAAAUUUUACUCUUGUUAACCCCUGUGGAGUCAAAACAGUUAUGACAGUGCAAACUGGGUUUUAUUUUGAUUUGUAUAUAGUCAAUACAAUUGUUAACUUCCAAUUACUGAAUUAUUGUUAAGGUUAAGCUAAAAAAAAAUAAGGCUUCUUUCAGAAACACAUGUGCAAAGGCAGAGUCAAGAAUAAGUAUCCAUUGAUCAACAAAGUGAGCAUGCCUGAGCAUGGAAAUCCAGUGAAGUGUGGAAUUUCAUGGUACCAACUUCAUAAAAAGUCACUUUUCAGAGAAAAACGAUGUUCACGAUAAAUAUGGUACCAGGCAUCAGUAAGCACCAAAGAUCACACGAGCAGGUCAGCCAGAUGGACUGCUAGUUUGUUCCAGAUCACUCUGCUCAUAGCAGAUAAAACAUCUCUGUUUCAUGCCUUGCAUUUAUGUCCCCUGUGUGUGAUUCCCAAGUACUAAGAGAAAAAUGUCAUGUUCUAACCCAGUAGCCUCAGUUCAAAAAUAACCUAAGAAGUGGGUCUUCCACACAAAAAACUUCUUCCCCUGCCUCUGAAAACAUGAGUUCACAUUCACAGUUCACACGAAUUCCAGACAAAACCCAGCUAAACUCCAAGUGCUUUGGUGACUUGGUCACAUCUGGCUGUGUAUGUCCCUCAGGAACAUGCUUAAUUAAUAGCAGAGCUGAUGAAGUGCACAUAGCUGUGUGCUGAGUGUUCCAUAAUACUGAAUGGACAGGAGUGAAAUCCUGUCUCCUGCCUUGAAUUCCCACUGACUUUGCUGGGGUGAAUGCAAAAUGAAUGCAAGGUGACAAACCUGAAACGGAAUUGGAAAAUUAUGCUUUACAAGUACGAUGACCUGGGUGCAUCCAGAGACACCAAGCCACAGGAGGGCACCUUUGGGAUUGUCCCAAGCAGGUAACAACCAGUAUUAGUUCUCCCUGACCACUCCCAAGAAUUAUCCUUCCAGAGAAGACAGAGAUGGAUUUUGCUGGUGUGCUUUUCCUCUAAGCCUGCAGCACUGAACGAAGCUGUGUCUGUAUACAUAUACUGGAACUGGGACAUGACAAAACCCACACAAACUACGUCCAUGAUUGAAAAAACUCACCCUGGAUAAAUCCACGUAUUUAUAGCUAUUUAUACCAGCUGAGAGCCUACCCCUUGCACCCUGGGAGGUCUGUUUGUAACACAUUUAAUGCAGGUUCCAGUCCUCAUCCCACCUCAACAUACAGCUUUGAGGCCAGACUUGACUUUGUGCUUCCCUUGGCAACGUCACCGUGAUGAUACUGAGGAAUGCCCAGGGAGGUCAGUAAGUUAAAAAAAUAUUUGAGCCAAUGGCCCAGAUCUUUGCUGCCACUUAAACAAGGAGAUCCCCAAAGCAGCAAAAGCAACAGCUGCAUUUGCCAUCUUGGAUCUCAUGAUUCACUGGUGGGAAUAAAGCCAAACUAGGAAAUCCUUCCUGCAUAGUACCUGUAAUGAACAUCUAAAUCCAAUGAAGUCAUCUGGACCUUGUAUGACCUACCCCUGAGCAGGCCUUUGCACAUAUAAUGGCAAGUAACAGCAUAGCUUUUCCAGAUUGGAAGUCCUCAAGAGACUCAUCUGGAUCAAUGAUUUAUACCUCAAGUUCAGUAUUACAGAACCACCUUACUCUCUGAUGGUUUGUCUUCUGUUUCGGGUUUGUUGGGUUUUUUUUUUCCUCAGUUCUGUGCUGUCCUUCAGGGUUUGACAUGCAGUUUACAAUGUAGCAUCAUAAAUAUAUAUCAUCUGAGGAAAAAAAACACAGUCCCUGCUCUUUUGCAGUCUCCAGGAGCAAUAAAAGAGUGAGAAAUGGCCUUGAGCAAGCACUGUCCCACUGGCAAGAAUAGCAGAUUAACAUGCUUCACAUAUAUGGAGAAGAGGUAAUACAACCCUGGCAGGAGAGGAUUUCCUUCUGUAACACUUCCCUCAGCAUGGUUUAUGCCUUCCCCUACUAAAUGGUCACCAGAGAUGCAGAGACAGAAAUGAAAGUUUACUGCAAGAAUCCUCAAUUGCUUUAUCCCCUGAAACUCUACAACUCCCUUACCAACACAACAUAUACAAAAAAGGAAUGGUGACUAGUACGACAUGACCCCAUAAAUCAACAGCAGUCCAUCGCUGGAAGUGUAACAGCUGGGUCAUUUGCUGAAGCUGCAUUUGAACACAGCAGGGCUGUCCUCUGACAGACCACAGGAACAGGAGAGCACUGUCAGCUUCGAUACCCAGCAGUGACUCAAUCUCUUCAUCUGCCUAUAGCUCCCAGCUGUCAUCUUUCAAGGGACAAGCAAACAGCAUUGCAUCUCCCCUCCUCCUGGCUUUAAGUUGCAGCAUCAAGUACAAACAACAGGCACUCUCAGAUUAAUUUAUUUAGUCCUACUUCCUGAAAAAGCACCUUCAGUUCUAUUCACAGAAGUGUUUUAAAACACAGAAUUGAUUUCCAAAGUUAGAAUGAUGAAAAUCGAUGUUGUGUCCUGUAACUGUCCCAACAGUACACUUCAAGUCUACAGCUACGAUGCUCACAUACUAGAUGUUGUGGCUAGCACAAGAUUCACAAAUGCAUCAGCCCAUAUUCAAGUUAUCGCCUUUGAUGCUGGCUUUCUAUGCCAAAACCCCUACACUCUAAACAAAAGAGGGAAUACAAGGGGUAUUUUCCUUUUGAAUGGGAAGCUAAGGUAUACCCAAGAGGCAUUUAGGUACCUAAAUAUAACAGCAGGGGCAGUAAGAAAACAACAGAAAAAUUGGUAGAGAGAAGCUACAUUUAAAUCACAGGGCACACAUGUCCCACAGCACACCUUGGGAUCUUUCUCACACAGAUGUGAAAACUAAGCACCUGGCCAGAGCUUCUUUUGUCCUAUUUGCUUUAAUUUUCUUUGCAUGGAAGCCAGGAAACAUGAGUAGGUUUGUGUGUUUGGAUUCACCCCAUUCAGUAGCUCGGACACAGCUACGACACCCAAUUGUAUCCACCACCUGGAAAAUUAGUUUACAUUUCGCUGUUUAGCUACAAACUGAGGAACACCUUGACUUUCUUGUCAUAGCUAGGUGUGGUAUUUCAAGAGGAAUGGAACACACCUUCCCAGGCAAGCUAAGGUCCAAAAGAACAGCAGUCUUACUUGUAAAUGCAGUGGUAUUUUACCAUCUUCCACUAGUCACAAGCAGGUACGCAAGACCCCACACCUUGUGUACGGCUCAGUUGCUUCAUCUGGUUAGCUUAAAGUUUCAUGAAUAAGAUAAAACAAUACACAGAAAAGCCAAGGAUAAUAGUUCCUUAUUUCCAAGUGACUUAGUAGCAAUCUUUACAGUGCUGCAUACUGAUGAACAGCACAGGUAAGGAAUGCUCAUCUUCAGGCAUUUCAUCUUUUGUGUUUUCUCUCUUGCAGUUUGCAACAGCCACGACAAAUACACUUGACUUAGGCAAAUAAACAAAGCAAGCAGCUAGUUUUCAAGUAUUUCCUACGUUUUGUCUUCUAAUUUUAUACUGUUGGUCCUGAGAUACUCACUUUAUACCCUGUUUUAUGAAUAACAGGAACUCCUCUUUAAGGAACUUUACAGUUCCAGCUAAGUCAGGUUCCUUAAUCUUUGGCUCACAAUACCUUUACUACAAUGUGAAGGACAACAAAAAAGGAAGGAAUAUCUUCAGGUCACUUUGUGAUUGUCUUCACGGCAAAAAGGGACCAAUUCCAGAGCAGCACACAGCUUGCCAGCAGGGCAAACCACGUGACUGUCAUGGAGGCAUUGGCAAUGUGAGUACCACUGCCACCACAAAAUUAACUUCUCACAUGCAUUAUGUGAUCACUGUUCCCAGAAAUAGCUUGGGGGAAAAAAGGAAAAGGAUAUUUCAUGAAUUAUUUUAUCAGUUAAAGCUCUAUAAUCUUAUCUGAACAUUAUGCAUUGCUGAAGCACUAAUCACAAGGACAAAAUUAUGCAAGACAAGUGCAGUGUAGAUUUCCCUUUUUUACAAUCAGUGGAAUAUAAAGAAUUGCUGUAAACUGUAAGAGGUCUGACUAUACAUUUCACUUGUGAAAAUUCUUUUGGAACAAAGCAAUUCAACCACUGAAGGCAAAUGUUAAAAGUUAAGGCUAAUCUUGGUAGUGAAGGAAAACUAUUGCUGUGAAGUAGAAAAGGGAAGAAAGAAGCAAUACAACUUUUGACAGCAAAAUAAAGUAUUAUAUUUUACUUCCACUGGCAAAACUUCCUGACCUUACUGAAGUCAGCUGAUUUUAUACAAAACAAGAUGAACCACUGAAAUAUCACCUGAAAAAGCACAUAAGUUUUACUGACUAAAUAGCUUGUAUUUAACAGGAAAUGUCAUUCCAUUUCCAGGUGGAAUUUCAAAAAAGUUUUAGAAAAUAAUAUCAGUUGUCACAACAGUCAUCAGUACCAUUUACAUUUAUAGAAACAAUUAGAUCAAUCAUCUUAAAAAAUACAUAAGAAAUUAAAAGUUCUAGCAAAGUUUAGUCAUUCCAGUCUUCCUUUAACUGAGCUCCAGCAUCAGCCUGCAGGUCUCAUGAGGAGACUUUAACAGUGGUCUUGUUAGCUGCUCAAUAGUUAAUAAGACAACACUUGAAAGGUGCUCGUAACAUGCUACAACACAUUUCCUUUUGGCAAGAUAUAAUCUGAUACUUAAGUAAUGGAAUUAAACAGAAUUUACUGAAGUCAGAAUUCAUUCUGCUUCUCAUGUUGUUGUAAUCCCAUUUCCACUGCAACCAGGUCAGCCUAUUUAAUUCUUUAAGUAAGUCAGAGAGGGAGAAAAGAUGCAUUUUCACACCACUUUUAGUUCAAACAGAGUAAAUGCAGUCAUGUACUACAGAUCCUUAUUUAUAAAGUCAAGGAGAAAGUCAAAAGUUUUGCUGCUGAUUCUUUGUAAAAUUGCUCUGCUUCUGCUUAGACUUCUGAGUUGCACCGUAGCAUGACUUUACUCAGUUGUUUGUAAAAUGAAUUUACUUGUGUUCUAAUAUUUCCAUUAUAAAGAAAAUCCCUUUGCUGUGUUCUUUGUGCAUUAAGUAACAAUACAAAAACGCUUUUUACCUAAUAAAGGAAAAAGGAAACAA